UGGCAUUCGUACUGCUGUCAAACGUCCCAACCUGUUACACAUUCUACAACGUGUCGUGUAUUCCAGAAGGUACAACGUUUAGCUGUUUUUAUUUGCCAUAUGUUAACAUGCACAUCACACGUUCUUGGCGUAGUUAAUAUUGCCAUUAAUUUUUAGUGGGGAAAGUUUGGUUUAUCCGUAUAGGGCAGGCAUAAAGAGAAUUUGUACAUGCGUGAAUCUUCAGAGUUUUGGAAAAACUGGGAAAUAGUUUCAAUUUGGAAAAUAAAAACAGUUCUAUUUGCCAUAUGUUGACAUGCUUCUCACACAUUCUGGAUAUAGUUAAUACUGCAAUUAAAUUUCAGUGGGGAAAGUCUGGUUUAUCCGAAUAGAGCAGGCAUAUAGAUUUUUUUUUUUUCAAGCGGGAAACAAAGAAAACGCAGGUGGAAAUAAGAAUUAUGAUCGCUGUUUUAGAACGUAUGCUAUUUGCUGCAGAAGUCACAAGCGUUAUAUCCAGGGUUAAGAGUACGAAAAGGAGCUACUUAUUCAAGAUUCGCUCCAUGUAAGGGAAUCCAAGACAGUCUUGAAUUCUGGAUUCCACGUCGUGGAUUCCGGAUUCCAGGUACUGAAUUCCGGAUUGCUUAUCAAUGGAAAACAAUGGCUAACGGGAUUGCGAAUUCCUUGAGCUGAAUUACGGAUACCAGGCCCAGGAUUCCGGAUUCCGCACGUAAAAAUUUUUAAGAGUUCGGAAUCCAGAUUUCCUUAUAUACCCGGUAAGAUAAGGGGGAAAAGAAUAAUAUACAGCUUUGUUUACCUCCGGCUCCUCCACAACAACUGGGCGACUGGUUGAUUGACUUUGAUUGCAUUCUAUAGUAUAAGGGGUCUCAGUAUCUCUUUUUUUUUAAAGAAUGCGGCUUUAGGGUUAAAAUCAAACCCUACCCUAACCCGAACCCGAACCCGAACCCGAAACCGAACCCUAACCCUAACCUGAACCCAAACCCGAACCCGAACCCGAACCCGAACCCGAACCAUAAAAAAGCAUUCCGCUUUUAAAAAAAAAAGAUAGACGCCGACCCCGCCCCCGGUCCCGAUCCCGGCCCUGUGUUUUAUUGAAAACCUAAUAAAUCACUUUAGCGCUUAUGUUGUCCUUUCCUACUGUGUGUCAUUUGAUGAUCUCGAGAGAAUUGGUGCUUAGUCUUGUCAUAAAUUACUAGUACAUAUGACCGAGGAUAAGUUCAAUUUAGAAGGAAGCAGCUCUUAUAGAGUAACUUCACAUGACCAACGUCGAGGAAAUAAAACUAACAAACUAUAAGGAGGUCUAUUGUUUCUGUGACAACGAUGUUUCUUAUAUCCUGGUUUCCCGCGAAUUUCUUGAUACUCGAUUCAACAAAACACAAGCGCGCAAGAGCGCACGGGAAAGGAAAUAGUUUUGCUUUCUUGUGCUUUUUUGUCUAUGCCUACAGUGAUCAAGAAAUGAGGCAUAUACCUUCAAAUGUCUCUUGCGCUCUUCCCCCACCAGGUUGCGUUCCUUGUGUCCUUCGACCCUGCAAGACACACCCUUUUUCAUGUACCGGUGAAAAAUGAAAGGUCAUGAAAAUUUCCGCGCGGUUUCGUUUUCGUAAAGUUUAAGAAAAGUUGAAGUGUCUUGUGUAAAUACCUUUUGAAACCAACCGUUAUUCCUGAAAGCCCACAGAAAACGGAGAAAACCUACCUUUAAUUAAAACGUUGCAAGCCAAACGUUUACCUUUCCUCAUAUUCUAGGCGUCAAAAUUGCCCUCAGGUUUUUCUUUAAAAUACUUUUUUUUUCUGCUAAUCAAGCCAAAAUUGAAAGGUGACAGUGAUCGUUUUUGCACCAGAGAACAGCUGACAUUAUUGCUUUUUCAUUUAUUUCUAAUAUUUUUAUUUUUCCUUGCAAAAAGAUUACAAAGGGUCCCUGAGAGAAAUAUGGAGGAUCGACAAUCUUACAAGUUUGAAGACUUUGAAAACCUUUAUAGAAAAAGGGACCCAACCAAAUGUAACGCAGAUUAAGACGAGCAGUCAUUUUACAACUAACAACGAUGUAUUUCCAGAAGGGCGUCGAGAUCGAGCAUUUUUUCUUUGCCCUCUGACUGCGGAAUACGAGUUUCACUUCUCGUGCAACGGCUCCUGUGAAUGGUCAGUCAAGGAAACAGAGAAUUCAAGUGCUGCAAUUGCUGCUGGUAUAUCUCUUCAGCCCAUAGGCAACGACGAGAUGAAUUCGUAA